AUGGAUCCAGCAGAAGAGCAGCAGCAGGAGCUCGAGGUGCUUCAGUCCAUCUACCCAGAUGAACUUGAAAUUCUCUCUGAUACGCAUUUCACAAUCACUUUGAAUUUGGAGACGAAGUCGGAUAGAAAUCACUCAACUGUGUUGGAUGUCAAGUACACCCCAACAUACCCUGAAGAAGUACCCAAAUUGGAGGUCAAAGUCGAGAGCGAAGAGCUUCCGGUGCCUUCCGAUGAUGAAGAGGACGACGAAGAUAAAUCAAAGUUGGUUCACCUCUCAGAACAGAUAGAGCUCGGAAAGUUGGAUGCCACUUCUCUUACGAAAAGAGUGGAAGAGGAGGCUGAAAUGAAUGUGGGUAUGCCCUCUGUUUUUGCAUUGGCAGCAUUGCUUAAAGAUGAAGCUGAGGCCUUGUUUCAGGCCAAGUUGGAUGCUGCCCAGAAGAAGUAUGAAGAUGAGCUACUAGCCAAGGAAGCUGAGGAACAGAAGAAGUUCUUUGGUACGCCAGUGAACAAGGAGUCAUAUUCUGAAUGGCGUAAUAAAUUCAGAGCCGAGAUGCAAAUCGAACAGAAGGAUAGACAAAGGUUUGAUAAGAUGCAUAACGGUAAGAUGACAGGCAGAGAGAUAUUUGAAAAAGGCUUGGCGGGCAACGAGGAAGACGAGAUCGAAGAUGUGGUCGAGUCCGUUCAAAAAGUUGCAGUCAACUAG